AUGCAACUACAGCUGCAGCACUUACCACUGCUGCACCUGCCACUACUGCAAACAACUGCUGCAACUACAACUGCUGCAACUACAACUGCUGCACCUACCACUGCUGCACCUCCAACCACUGCUGCACCUACAACUGUCGAUACAACAACUACUGCACCUGCCACGACUGCUGCAACAAGUGCUGCAACUACAACUGCAGCAACAACAACUGCCGCUGCAACAACUGCUGCACCUGCCACUACUGCUGCAUCAACUGCUGCAACUACAACUGCAGCACCAACAACUGCUGCAACUACAACUGCAGCACCUACUACAGCACCAACAACUGCUGCAUCUACAACUGCAGCACCUGCCACUACUGCUGCAACAACUGCUGCACCUACAACUGCCACCACUGCAACAACUGCUGCACCUGCCACUACUGCUGCAUCAACUGCUGCAACUACAACUGCAGCACCAACAACUGCUGCAACUACAACUGCAGCACCUGCCACUACUGCUGCAACAACUGCUGCACCUACAACUGCCACCACUGCAACAACUGCUGCAACUACAACUGCUGCACCUACCACUGCUGCACCUCCAACCACUGCUGCACCUACAACUGUCGAUACAACAAUUACUGCACCUGCCACGACUGCUGCAACAAGUGCUGCAACUACAACUGCUGCAACAACAACUGCCGCUACAACAACUACUGCACCUGCCACUACUGCUGCAACAAGUGCUGCAACUACAACUGCAGCACCUACAACUGCCGCUGCAACAACUGUUGCACCUGCCACUACUGCUGCAACACCUACAACUGCCGCUACAACAACUGUUGCACCUGCCACUACUGCUGCAAUUACAACUGCUGCACCUGCCACUACUGCAGCAACAACUGCUGCAACUACAACUGCUGCAACUACAACCGCUGCACCUACCACUGCUGCACCUCCAACCACUGCUGCACCUACAACUGUCGAUACAACAACUACUGCACCUGCCACGACUGCUGCAACAAGUGCUGCAACUACAACUGCAGCACCUGCCACUACUGCAGCAACAACUGCUGCAACAACUGCUGCAACUAUAACUGCCGCUGCAACAACUGCUACACCUGCGAUGACUGCUCCAACAAGUGUUGCCACAACAACUGCAGCACCUACAACUGCCGCUGCAACAACUGCUGCACCUGCCACUACUGCACCUGCCACUACUGCGGCAACAACUGCUGCAACUACAACUGCUGCACCUACCACUGCUGUUCCUGUGACUACUGCUGCAACAACCGCCGCAACUACAACUGUAGCGCCCACAAUUGCUGCAACUACCAUUGUUGCACCUACAACUGUCGCUACAACAACUGCUGCACCUGCCACUACUGCUGCAAUUACAACUGCUGCAACUACAACUGCAGCACCUACCACUGCUGCACCUGCCACUACUGCAAUUACAACUGCUGCAACUACAACUGCAGCACCUACCACUGCUGCACCUGUCACUACUGCUGCACCUGCCACUACUGUUGUAACAACUGCUGCACCUACCACUGCUGCACCUGCCACUACUACAGCAACAACUGCUGCAACUACAACUGCUGCACCUACCACUGCUGCACCCACCACUACUGCU